AUGAACAAAAUGGCUGAAGUCAUGGGUACCACCGUGAACACGAUGAAAACUAUGGAGAAACAGAUGCCAGCUGAGCAGCUAGCGAAGAACAUGCGAGAAUUCCAGAUAGCUCAAGAAAGGCUUGGAAUUACUGAUGACAUGAUGAACGAUGCUCUUGACAACAUCCUUGACGAGCCUGGCGACGAAGAGGAGCAAAACGCCAUUGUCAACCAAGUUCUUGACGAGAUUGGCAUCGAAUCUCAAAGCAAGGCCAGUUUUAUUUUAGAAUUAAUUUCCGUCAUAGAUAAAUAUGUUGCAUUGAAUGACGGUUCUUUUCUUGUGUUCACAUUGUAA